GAGCGCAGCCUCGGAUGUCCGGUUUCCUGGUGGGUUUUUCACCUGGCAAACUCUGGAUAACUUUGGUGAGAAUUUGCGAAGCGGCUGGGAAAGUUGGGAACUCCCCUGCAGGCGUCUAGGAGCUUCUGCUACCGCAUCUUCUCCAUCCCACGGAUUUUACUGCCUUGGAUAUUGCGAGGGGAGGGAGGGGGGAGAAGGACAGCGAGAGAAGGGGGGAAGAGGAAGAGAAGGAGUCUCAUAAUUUCGCCUGCAUUCCUCCGGCUGCUCCGCAGCCCCGCUCCGCCCUGCACCAUGCACUUGCUGGAGGUGCUCUCCCUGGGCUGCUGCCUCGCUGCCGGCGCCGUGCUCCUGGGACCUCGGCAGCCGGCCGCCGCCGCCGCCUACGAAUCCGGCCAGGGGUACUACGAGGAGGAGCCCGACGCGGGGGAGCCAAAGGCUCAUGCAAGCAAAGACCUGGAAGAGCAGUUGCGGUCUGUGUCCAGUGUGGAUGAACUCAUGACAGUACUUUACCCAGAAUACUGGAAAAUGUUCAAAUGUCAGUUGAGGAAAGGAGGUUGGCAACACAACAGGGAACACUCCAGCUUUGACACAAGAUCAGAUGAUUCCCUGAAAUUUGCCGCAGCACACUAUAAUGCAGAGAUCCUGAAAAGUAUUGAUACUGAAUGGAGAAAAACUCAGUGCAUGCCACGUGAAGUGUGUGUGGAUGUGGGAAAAGAGUUUGGAGCAACUACAAACACCUUCUUUAAACCCCCAUGUGUAUCCAUCUACAGAUGUGGAGGUUGCUGCAAUAGUGAAGGACUCCAGUGUAUGAACAUCAGCACAAAUUACAUCAGCAAGACAUUGUUUGAGAUCACAGUGCCUCUUUCUCAUGGCCCCAAACCUGUAACCGUGAGUUUUGCCAAUCACACGUCCUGCCGAUGCAUGUCCAAGCUGGAUGUUUACAGACAAGUUCAUUCUAUCAUAAGACGUUCCUUACCAGCAACACAAACUCAGUGUCACGUGGCAAACAAAACCUGUCCAAAAAAUCAUAUUUGGAAUAAUCAAAUUUGCAGAUGUUUGUCGCAGCAUGAUUUUGGUUUCUCUUCUCACCUUGGAAAUUCUGAUACAUCUGAAGGAUUCCAUAUUUGUGGACCAAACAAAGAGCUGGAUGAAGAAACCUGUCAAUGUGUCUGCAAAGGAGGCAUGAGGCCCUCAAGCUGUGGACCUCACAAAGAAUUAGACAGAUCAUCAUGUCAGUGUAUGUGCAAAAACAAACUUAUCCCUGCUUCCUGUGGGCCCAACAAGGAAUUUGAUGAAGAAAAGUGCCAGUGUCUAUGUAAAAAGACCUGUCCUAAACAUCAACCUCUAAAUCCUGCAAAAUGCAUCUGUGAAUGUAUAGAAUCUCCCAAUAAAUGCUUCUUAAAAGGAAAAAGGUUCCACCACCAGACAUGCAGCUGUUACCGACCACCAUGUACAGUCCGAACGAAACGCUGUGAUGCUGGAUUUUACUUUAGUGAAGAAGUGUGCCGCUGUGUACCCACAUAUUGGAAAAGACCACUUAUGAAUUAGUGAAGAGAUCACUACUUGCUAUGUUGGUGUACAUUUUUCCAUUAGAACAAAAGAAGAACAGAAACUUUGCUAAUAUUUGGAAUUAAAUGUUCACCAGAGACCCUGUGGGGCUUUCAGAGACAGACUCAUGCUUUUCUCAAGAUGUGGAAAGCAAAUGUAGAAGAUAACUGGGGUUCAUGUUUUGUAAAGAACUCAAUAAGAACUUAUUUUCUGCCAAUGACCAAACAGCCUAGGUUCUCCUUCUUGUGAUUUUUUUAAGAGAUAAUGACUAUAUAAUUUAUUUCCACUAAAACCAUCGUGCAGCAUUUCUGUUUAUAGCAGUAACAAUUGUUAAAGCUCACUGUGAUCAAUAUUUUUAUAUCAUGCAAAGUAUGUUUAAAAUAAAAUGGAAAUUGUAUUAUAUAAUAGUGAGAAUGUUUAAUCAUCUGGCUGAAAAGGAACUCGGAUUCAGCUUUAUUUUCAGGGUUUUUAACAGAGGAAAAGGUGAUUAGGAGAAAGCACUUUUAGGAAAGGAAGACUACAGACAUUGUCUCAUACCUUUUGUGUAUGUCAUUUGAAAUAGAAACAGUUAUACUGGAGUUUUCAUGACCAGUGAUAUUUCUGCCUCUAGAAUGAAACUAGCAAAACAAGUACAAUUAAGAACUAAUGAAAACAUUGGAGAUCCUGUACAUUGCCUAAGGAUAAGGACUAUGUUUAAAGCACAGCAGCAACUACUCGCAUUCCAAUAUAUUCACCUUCUCUUUUAUUUCUUGUUAAUAUUCCUAAGGAAUAAGAUAAAGUAAUGUCUAUUCAAAGUUGUUAGUAUAAAAGUGGAAAUAACAACACUGCGUUUUGGUUAGUAUAACAAACUACACUGUAAAUUUUACAGCUAAAUAAUUCAAAAUGCUUUGAUGCGCUUUACUCUUUCAUAUAGCUGGUCAAUGUAUGUGUACGCAAAAAUAUUUUGAAGGGGAAAAAAAGCAAUUUGUAUUCCAAUAAGGAGAUAAAAGAACUUAUACCAGUCUGGUGUGGAUUGACAUAGUCUCUACAUUAAAAAAUUCUCUUUUUUUAAGAAAAUGUGAAAUUGAAUAUCCGCAAUUCUAAAAAGAAGUAAGAUUUUUAACUUGCAUGGGAAGAGCAAUCUAUUCAAAAUUAAAAUAUAUCGGACUGUUAAAGUAUGGAAAAUUUGUUGGGUGCAGAAGUGGAACAAGCAAAGCUGCAAAGCAAGAUUUUUGUGAAAGGAGUGGGCAGAUCUGUAAAUAUAAUUGUAGACAUCCGUGCUGGUUCUAAGCAGGUGUUUUUAAAAGUUAUUAAUGAAGUUAUUAAUGAAGUAGUUAUUAUAUCCUAGAAGGUUGGUUAGGAGAAGUUGCUUUUCUAGGUUCUUGAUAUUUGGAUAUCAUAGUUCCUUAAAGGAGGGAAAGUUGCUUUGAAUUACUCAGUUCCCAUCAUGGGUUGAGGCAGUCUAACAGGAUGAGAAACAGCACUUUCCACUGUAUGCCUAGUAUGCUCAUUGUUCUUCCUCAGAGGAUGGCUAUUUGUUAUCCAAAUAGGCCAACAGAGUGAAGUUUAGGCAUGCAAAUACUGAGGAAUGUCCUUAUUACUAUAUUGCUUCAGGUAGAACUUUGGAUGACAAUUAACACUGAUAUACAACUUAACAACCCACAAUUCCCAUCGGUUUGAUUUGUAGUCAUGCAAAUCAUCAGUGUCUAAAUUGGCAAUGUCACAUAAUAGCAAGAGGCUAACGAUCAAACUUCAAUUCAGUAUUGGUAAGAAUCCAGGCAUCCAUGUCUAUAGGUCAGCUGCUUGAAGGAAGCGUAAAAUACCUUAAGAAAUCAAUUAAAGAGCAAACUUCUAUGAAGACUUGAGAAGAAAUACUGUAGGUAAAGCUCCCAAAAUAAGCUUUAAAAUUGCUACCCCAGCUCAAACAGAAGAGAGGCAGUGGGGGGAAGAACAAACCAAAUCUGGAACGAGGAAAUGUUGAAAACUUCUGGACAUAAGUUAUGCUAAUCACUAAGUAAAACUAAGAUUUAGAAAAAGUAAAGUCCUGACUUGUAAAAGUUACCUCAAAUAAAUUUAUGUCUGAGCAAAGUGACUAGUUAACCAUUCUUAAAGUUAUGGAGAUGUGUACAAUAAUACAUACAAGCAGUUGAUAACAUUUUAUGAUUAUCAGGCUUUCCAAUUCUGCUUUCUGUGAUAAUAAUGUUUUAAAAAUGCAUUUUAUACAACAACACAAACAUCAUGAUUAUUACCAUUAGUAUUGGAUACAGACUUCCAUUCUGUGUGAUAAAAUGUGAUUCUGUUUAUCUCCAUACUGUCACAAAUUAAUCUGUAUAACAGGUCUUCCUUGCAUAUAUUAUAUAAAGCAGCUGAUAGGUCUACACUAUUUUCAGUUUUGAUGUGUUAUUUGAUAAUGAUCUUGAGAUUUUUGUCUUCACUUUAUAUCUUAAUUUACUGUUCUUAAAAUAUCUAAAAAUAGGCUAUACAGCUUAAAAGAUCUAACAAGAUAGAUGAUAAUUCUAUAUACAAGUUAUUCUGCACUAAUUCUGAGUAAAAAGCUUUUAUUGUUAUUUGUCUAAAACCCCUAUACCUUGUACAAAACUUACAAGGUGGGUAGGAGAGGAGGAACGCAUGUAACUGCAGUAAAUCACAUUUAAUGGUAAACAGACUUAGGCUUGCAUUUCAUCAGGAAUUUACAACAGUUUCUGUACUCUUUCAAUAUUGUACUGUAUGGAGACCAUAAAUUAUGCAGAGUAAACCCUCUCUACCUGUAUUACCAGAAGGACAUACUAUUUACAGUAUGAAUAUUGUUAGUCUGCUGACAUGUUUGUUUAAUUCACGUUGAACAAGUUGAUAGUAAAUCAGUUCUCUUACUUCUAUUUGAAAGACCAGCCUGAAAUCUUGCAUAUGUACUGUAUCAUCUUGAAAGGCUUAGUGUUAGGGUUGCUUUCAGUAUUCUCAUUUUUAGUCUUUAGAUCUCAGUGACAACUCCAGAUGCCCUUGAAUUUUAACAUCUCUCUCUCUCUGUGUGAUUUUUUUUGAAGUAUAACCAGCUAUCACAUCUAUGCCAAAAGACAGGAAUGGAAUCAUUUAUGUAAGCUCAUCAAGAUAUUAUCCUGAGGAAUAGACUAUGUUCUUUUAAAUAUUAUUUAUUUUAUAUUUAAUU